UUCAAGCAGACUCUCUAUCCUCUGUUACAAAUCCUAUAUCCUUGAGGAAGAAGAAAUCAGAUAUGGAAGGUCAAACCCUAAUUUUCACAUUCCUUUUCCUAAUUCUAUCUCUCAUAUUCAUCAUCGGAAGACUCAAGCGAAAGCCUAACCUUCCUCCGAGUCCGGCAUGGGCGUUACCGGUGAUCGGUCAUCUCCGCCUUCUCAAACCGCCGCUCCACAGAGUUUUCCUCUCCGUCUCUCAAUCCUUAGGCGAUGCUCCGAUCAUCUCCCUCCGUCUCGGAAACCGACUCGUUUUCGUUGUCUCUUCACACUCGAUCGCCGAGGAAUGCUUCACGAAGAACGACGUCGUACUCGCGAACAGAUUCAACUCCCUUGCUUCAAAACACAUCUCAUAUGGAUGCACAACCGUGGUUACAGCUUCGUACAGUGACCACUGGAGAAAUCUCCGUCGUAUUGGUGCCGUCGAGAUAUUCUCGGCUCACCGGCUCAAUAGCUUCUCCUCUAUCCGCCGAGAUGAGAUCUGGCGGCUUAUAGCUUGUCUCUCACGGAACUCUUCUUCACUCGAAUAUGCAAAGGUUGAGAUGAAAUCAAUGUUUUCUAACUUAACAUUCAACAACAUCAUUAGAAUGUUGGCCGGAAAAUGUUACUAUGGAGACGGUGCAGAGGAUGACCCCGAGGCCAAACGCGUGCGGGAGCUUAUCGCAGAGGGGAUGGGGUGUUUUGGUGCUGGAAACACUGCUGAUUAUUUACCGAUCCUGAAUUGGAUCACAAAUUCUGAAGAACGGAUAAAGAAUAUUGCCGGUAGGCUUGAUGAGUUCUUGCAGGGAUUGGUCGAUGAGAAACGAGGAAGGAAGGAGCAGAGGGAGAACACUAUGGUUGAUCACUUGCUUUGUUUGCAAGAAACCCAACCUGAGUACUACACGGACAUCAUCAUCAAAGGAAUCAUGCUCUCUCUUAUACUGGCGGGGACUGAUACAUCGGCAGUAACAUUGGAAUGGACAUUGUCAAGUCUGUUGAACCAUCCAGAGAUACUGAGCAAGGCGAGAGAUGAAAUUGACAGUAAGGUUGGCUUUGACAGGCUUUUGGAUGAAUCAGACCUCUCACAUCUUCCUUAUCUUCAGAACAUUGUAUCUGAGUCGUUGCGCUUGUAUCCUGCAAGUCCCUUGUUGGUCCCUCACGUGGCAUCAGAAGACUGCAAAGUAGGAGGUUACGAUAUGCCACGUGGUACAAUGCUAUUGACUAAUGCAUGGGCUAUACAUAGGGAUCCUGGGAUAUGGGAUGAUCCAACGAGCUUCAAACCAGAGAGGUUCGAGAAAGAAGGGGAAGCUCAUAAGCUAUUGGGGUUCGGGCUAGGAAGAAGGGCGUGUCCUGGGUCCGCUCUGGCUCAACGGCUAGCAAGCUUGGCUAUCGGGUCUUUGAUUCAAUGUUUUGAGUGGGAGAGGAUAGGAAAAGAAGAGGUGGAUAUGACUGAAGGUGGAGGAGGAGUCAUAAUGCCUAAAGCUAUACCGUUGGUUGCCAGGUGCAGAGCACGUGCCUUUGUUGGUAAGCUCCUCGAGGAGUCCGCUUGGGUUUAGACUUUUGUACUAAAUGCUAUUUUAUGUGUUUAGGCGACGGUUAUGUCGCUAUGUUGCAUUGGAGUUGUUACUACUUUGGUAAUUGGUAUUAUGUAACGUACGAGUCUUGACUCAUGACGAUAGAAACUUUGGUAAUUGGUAUUAUGUAACGUACGAGUCAUGACGAUAGAAACAAGGGGAUAACUCCCUCUAGAUUUUUUAGUUGUCCUUCUAGAAUAAAAUUUUUGUUUUAGAUUUUUA